UGCAGGAGCUCUGAGCUGAACAUGGUCUAACUCAUGAUCAACUGUCAACCCGAAAGAAAGCGCACGCGAUCAAUUCUAGCGUCCACGUGGAUCAAUCAAUCAGUUAUGGAACUGUUGGGUCGAUAUCUGGAGAGGAGCAACUCAAUCAGUUCUGUCAUGGCUCAAGAUGCCGUGAACGAGGAGAUCCUGAGAGAUGACCUAAGGUACUACUUCAUGAGCCCGUGUGAGAAGUACAGGACCCGACGACACAUUCCCUGGAAACUGGGAGUCCAGAUCCUGAAGAUUGUCAUGAUCACAACACAACUUAUCCUGUUCGGCCUCAACAACCAGCUGGUGGUGUCUUAUAAGGAAGAGAACACCAUGGCCCUGAAGAACCUCUUCCUGAAGGACUACACUGGCGUAGAUGAGGACGACUACAGUGUCGCGGUCUACACGCAGCAAGGUGUCUAUGAGAGCCUGCAUUAUGUCCUGGAUCAGUACAGACAGUUGGGCCGGCUCACUACGGGUCCCAUCACCUACCCCGAGGACGAGGACGGCCACCUGCUCCCGCUGGACAUGUGUAAAGAGCACUACAAGAGAGGCAGCGUGGAGCCGUCGGACGAGGCCUACGACAUCGACGCGCAGCUGGAGACAGUUUGCACGUCAUAUGAUCCUAAGAAUGGAAGCCUGCAGACGCUCUACAACUCCUCCUUUUUUAAUCUGGACUUCUACAGGCUCGUCGACAUCAAAAUCACCUUCCAGCUGAAAGGCAUCAACCUGCAGACUGUGCGUUCACGGGAGUUACCUGACUGCUACUCCUUCUAUGUCACGAUAACAUUUGAUAACCAGUGUCACAGCGGGAAGGUGAAAAUAUUCCUGGACAUAGACACUGAGCGCUGCGCCUGCAAGAACUGGAAGAUCUCAGGAACAGCUCAGAAGAACACACACUAUCUCCUGAUCUUUGACGGCUUCGUCAUCCUGGUCUGCCUCACGUCGGCCGUGCUGUGCAGCCGCUCCAUCGUGCUGGCCGUCAGGUUACUCCAGAGAUUCUCCAGAUUCUUCCACGAGAGCUACAAUCGUAAAGUGUGUGAGGAAGAUCAGAAAGAGUUCCUGAACGGCUGGUACGUCCUCGUCAUCGUCAGCGACCUCUUGGCCAUAGUUGGAACCAUAUUAAAGAUGGAAAUACAAACAAAGAAUUUGACCAGUUAUGACGUGUGCAGUAUCUUCCUGGGAACAUCCACCUUAAUGGUGUGGGUCAGUGUGAUCAGGUACCUGGGAUACUUCCAGAAAUAUAACGUGCUGAUUUUAACAAUGAAAGCCGCCUUCCCCAAGGUCCUGCGUUUCUGCUGCUGUGCCGGCAUGAUCUACCUGGGCUACACCUUCUGUGGUUGGAUCGUACUGGGCCCGUACCACGAGAAGUUCGAGGGCCUGAGUCGCGUGGCCGAGUGUCUGUUCUCCCUGGUGAACGGUGACGACAUGUUCACGACCUUCGCCCAGCUGAAGGACAAGAACACGCUGGUGUGGCUCUUCAGUCGGGCGUACCUCUACUCCUUCAUCUCCCUGUUCAUCUACAUGGUGCUGUCGCUCUUCAUCGCCCUCAUCACCGACGCCUACGAGACCAUCAAGAACUACCAGAAGGAGGGUUUCCCGUUGACGGACCUGCACAAGUUCCUCAGAGAGCAGAAAGAUUUCCCUGUGGUGGAGGAGAGCAGUCAGGCAGAUGUUCACAUCAGGAACUCUGUGCUCUGCUGCUGCCAACGAGUUCCAGAAAAUGACGACAUGGUGCUGAUCAGUUGACGACUGUCCCACCUCCCGAUGAGAGGGUUCAAGGAGGAGGAGGAUGCUGGGAACAGGACCUCACACAUCUGACGCUGACGACAGAUGCCUCCCUGGGAUACGUAGAAAUAACUGUGAAGGGCAAUAUUCUGAUCAAACUGGUGCUCAGGCUGAUGAGUUGGAACUAGGACUAAAAGGCCAACCUGUUAGUGAACUGUGUCUGUUGGAGUUCAGGAUAUCGCAGAGGAGUUAACUGGACCUUUUUCAAGCAUGCGGAUAUAUAUUAGUUACCAAAGAGCUGGAUUCCCCAUUGUUAUGAACUCAACUUUUGUUUCGAACACCAGGUCGAGGCAACGUGAUGCAAGAUGUAUGUUGUUUGCCAAGAAUUGUCAAAGAGACAACAUUAAAGCCGAUAUUUUUAUUUAGUUUCGAGUCAAACGGCGAGUAGAAGUAAGAAGUCAAAGCUUUACAUGAAUGUGAUUAUUUAUAUGGUCAGUAUAUUACAAGCAGUGGUGGGAGCCUGAAUGGCAAUGAGGAUCGAGAUCUAUGAAUUUCCUCUGCACAAAAUAAAUGAGCUCCAAUGGUGUCUCUUAAUUUCAUCAUCAAUAUCAUUAUAGUAAAUGAUGAUAAAACCGUAUUUUGUAGAACUUUUCUAAACACGGUCGCAAAGUAGUUUAAAAAAUAUAUGAGAAUAAACAAAUCAAGUCGAAGAAAAACAACAACAUCCAUUAAGAAAAUGUAUAAGUUUUGGUGCUGGAUUGUCUCCCCAGACUGGAGUACCAGAGCCUCUGGGCCCUGGUGGCAAAAGCCUGGUCAGCCUUAGUUACCAGUAAGUGUCUGUGUUGUUUGGAAUAUCUUACAUUAUGGCUUUAAGAAUAGGGAGUUAGCUCUGUUAUAUAACUGGGGGCCAGUUCUUCUGAAUUUAUCUACAGAACGUUGCAAGACAUCUGUUUCUAAAAAGCUGUGAUACAGUCAAUUGAAUUCCUUGGACGUCUAACAUAACGGUGGAUUCAAUGAGUAAACCUCUGUAUCAUCUGCAUAGCAAUGACAGGAGACUUCCUUUAAAAUAGAGGAAGCUUAUAAAGGGAAAUCAAAAGUGGACCAAAGGUAGAACCCUGUGGUUCUCCGCACAUGAGUUGAGCUGAUGAAGACGAUUCUGCAUCUGUGACACGUGAUUUAAACCAUUAGGAGCCAGGCUGAGAUUGAAAAAGACGGGUGUUAUAGAUGCCAACACCAGGACCGGAGCAUGACUCAACCUUAUCGUUAAAUCUACCAGCAUGUUAAGAUGUUAAAACAAGCUGCAGCAUGACUUCACACUCAGAGUGUGACUGCUGAGCCAUUAACCUGAUAAUAAUCAAAGCAGGUGUGUUUUGUUAGAGCAUUGAAUUUGAGCUGCAAAGAGUUCAUCUAUCAAAAGACCUCUAUGCUCAGUGGGCUGUUUCUCUGCCCUUAUGUCAUCCGAGAGAGUUCUUGGUUGAUUCAGUCUGGACAGGAUAAAAACAGCCACAUAGUGUUUUUCCUACAUGUGGCAACACUGCCCUCCUAUUUGUCAGAUCUCUUGAGUUCAUGUUAAAACACAGCCCAGAAAAAAAAAAAAGAAACAGGAGAGCUGGAUACUCGCUCUAAGGAUCUGACUAAUCUGCGGGUUUACUUUGAGUCAACAAACGCCAGUGUUACUUUCAAAUAACACAAUUCAAUAACAAAUCAGUUUAGAUGUGUGGCCUCUGAAACACAACUUGCACAUUUGUGGAAAAUCGUUUAGUAGGUGAUCUUCUACUACACUUAUGUUAAAGACAACACCCAUAGAAAACUGUGUGAACUGACUUGACCUAUUCAAAGCUGUUUGCCAAUCAACCAAAGCAGGUAUCUUCCCACACGCGGGGCCUCAAACACUGUUGUGUACAGAAGCAGAGUUGAGUGUGUUGGGGGUCAAUAGAGGGACACACCCUGGGGCCCCACAACACAUAAACACAGCCAUGGUCACACUCUGCUAUCAAGGUUAUCAGAUAAUUACUGUGACAGUGGUGAAGAAGUACUCAGAUCCCUUACUUUAGUAAAAGUUCCAAUGUGUUGUAUUUUGAAUGUUCUGUUAUUAUAAGCUAAACGCUUACAUUUGUUUUGUUUUCUAUAUAUUGUUGUGCCUUAAGUUUUUAUUUAACGGGACAAUGUUGAUCAUUGUGAGGCGGUGAGAAAGAGGGGAAGACAAAGGGCUGGUCGGAGUCUUUAGCCGCUGCAGGAGGACUCAAUCCUGUGUACAAAGCUGAAGUGUGUUUAAAGUAUCAAAAGUAAAAGUACCCAUUCUGCAACCUGAA